CAGCCAGCAGACGAAGCGGGCGGCGCGCAUCCUACAGGCUCGCACGUCACUGCCUGCCGCUGCGGCUCGCAGUAAAGAUGGCGCCUUCUCACGUACUGAGGUGCUGUCAGAGGGUUUUGGCGUGGGUUCCCGUCGUUUUUAUCGCCCUUGUCGUCUGUUGGUCGUACUACGCCUAUGUUGUCGAGUUAUGUAUCUUAACAAUAAUGAACAUUGGGGAGAAAAUUGUUUACCUUGUGAUUUUUCAUCUUUCCUUCGUAAUGUUUGUCUGGUCCUACUGGAAAGCAAUUUUCUCAAACCCAGCUAAUCCAUCCAAAGAUUUCUGUUUGCCCAAGGCUGAUAAAGAGCAAUUUGAAAGAGAAGAAAGGCCAGAAUUGCAACAAGAAAUUCUCAGGAGAGUAGCUAAAGAUUUACCUCUCAGCACAAGGACAGGGACAGGUGCUAUUCGAUAUUGUGACAGAUGCCAAGUAAUUAAACCUGACAGGUGUCAUCACUGCUCUGCAUGUGAUAUGUGUGUCCUGAAAAUGGAUCAUCAUUGUCCUUGGGUGAAUAAUUGUGUUGGAUUUUCAAACUAUAAAUUCUUCAUCCUGUUUUUGGCAUAUUCCUUGAUUUACUGUUUGUUUAUUGCUGCUACUGUUCUUCAGUAUUUUAUUAAGUUUUGGACACUUUGCCGCAGGAAAUCUGCAGAGAAUUGCCCAAAGAAUGAACUUCCCGACUCUCAUGCCAAAUUCCAUGUCUUGUUUCUCUUUUUUGUGGCCGCCAUGUUCUUCAUCAGUGUACUUUCCCUCUUUAGCUACCACUGCUGGCUUGUUGCAAAGAACAGGUCCACUAUAGAAGCAUUCCGUGCCCCCGUGUUUAGAGGAGGUCCUGAUAAAAAUGGAUUUUCAUUAGGAUUCAGGAAGAAUGUUAAAGAAGUAUUUGGAGAUGAAAAGAAAUACUGGUUGUUACCUUUGUUUACCAGCUUAGGCGAUGGAGUAAAUUUUCCAACUCGCCUGGUGCAUGUUGAUGUUGAACAGCCAGCUUCUGAUACACAGUCUGCUUCUGCAAGAUGCAAUAUCACAGAGAAUCAGUCCUCGCAUUCAUCCAGACCUUUAAGUGAGUCUCAGAAUCGCUUGUUGGGAAAUGAGCAUCAUUACAGUGAAGAUGGUUUGAGCGGAAACAACCAUAACAUUGACCCAAAUCACAGUGUAGCAGUUUCAUUGGAAAGUGAUUCAUGAUUGCUCAGUCAAAGGAAUAAUACGUGAUGAAACUGAAUAUUUAUGAAGAUUUAUUUUUAAUAUGGUUUACAGAGAAACUUUUUUUCUGCACUUUGGAAUACUGGAGAAGUCCGUGUGCAAAGAACUGUCUUGCCUUAAGUUAAUUAAUACAAACCAAUUAUUCUUAUGCAACAAAAGGACUUGAAAACUAACCCCUUCCUUUUGUAUUUUUCUGUGUCACAUUUUUAUUUUUUAUUUUUAAAAAAUGUUGAAAUCAGGUGUCUCAAUGUGCUGUACAUAAAAUUGUAGUGAGACCUGGUUAUUUUUCAGGGUGUGUGUUUUAUUAGAUGAUAUAGCUUUAAUAAAAAAUAUUUUGCUCAUAGAUGAUAUCAAAAAAUUUCACAUGCCUGGAGCACAACUGCAAAUGGUAUGUAUGCCAAAAAUAUGCAGAAAAUGUUGUCUUGGAGCAACUUUUGAUAUCAUUUGCCUGAUAGUUUCUUAAUUAUUGGACAAAAUAUUUAAUAUACUCAAAGUAUCUUUUUGGCAAAAAGACUAUAUUUUAGGUACCAAAUCAGUAGUGCAAGAUCAAUAUGUAUAUAUGUACAUAUAUAAAUAUAUAUAUAUAUAUAUACAGUAUAUGUGUGUGUAUUUAAAAAUUGUUUGAGGGCAUGGCUUGGGAGAGUUAUGUACCACCUAAUGUUUCAGUAAUUUAUAUUAUAAAGCAUAGUCUUAAAUAAUGGAUUGGAAAAUACUUUACUUUUUAUGUUUACAGCAAAUUAGAAUAUUUUCAUGUUUAAGCUUUGAUGCAUAUUUGUAUGUAUUCAUCUUGCAACCUAAGCUGAUUGGUUUUAAACUCUAGGACUGCAAAUUUUACACUUCUUACAAUAAACACUACAGAGGACAUAAAUUUAAUUUUGGUAAUGCAGUACAAUUGAAAACAUUGCCAUAGAAUAUAUAGAGCAAACUUAAAAGGGUGUUUUUUUCUAUUAAGUGGAUAAAAUGACUCGAAAUAAUGUUAUAUCAACAUAUAAAUUAACUGUACUCUGGACAAAAUUUCUCAUAUAUUCUGGGUAAUACCACUGCUAUAUGUUGUUAUAAAUUUAUGAACAGUUUCAUGCCUAUUUAUGCAGAAUACGCCUAAAUUGGUAUAGCAAAAAUACAACUAAAUGCAUGUUUUUUUAGACUAUUGUAAACUUCAGUCUUGUUUAUGUGUGUGUGUGUAUGCUUAGAAAUCCAUUAAUUAUACCAUAUAAAUAACAUUUAAUCUAUUAUCUGUAAAUAUUAACCCCACAGGUUUGUAAAGGUUAGUUUAACAGUUCAUGAAGUUUUGAUGUAUAUAUCUGUAAGUUUAAGCCUAAGCUUCAUAAAAGUUACCACAAAAACAAAGCAACGGUUGCUUUAAAAACCUCAAACCUUGUACUUCAUGGAUUUGCUGUGUAUGCAUUGGUUGAAGCAUACUUGAUAUUAGCUGAAUUGAUACUCACUGAAGAGGUAUUUUAGUUAAACAGUUAAAUGUACCCCUCUUUCCUUCUUUGUAAAAAAAAAAAAGGCUUAUCACAUAACAUUCAUAUUUUAUUCCCAGUCCAAUUAUUGCAGAAUGUUUUUAUUUUGUCAUGAAGUGGUUCAAAAUAAGUUAAGACUAAAUGUAACAGAUCAAUAAUGUUUGCAGUGAGAUUUUAAGUACAUUUAAUAUUAAAUAUAAUGUACCUGUCACUUUUGAAAGCAUAUUCUUGACAGUGUAUUCCUACAUGCUGCCUGUGUUUUUUUGUUUUUUGUUUUUUGUUUUUUUUUGUUCCAGGAGUGAAGGUUUAAUUAUUGUAAGCAAAUUAAUUUAGUUGCAUAUAGCCCAAUGUGAGCACUGAAAAAUAGAUAUUCUGUUCAAGAAAAUUCUCACUCUCGUGUAGAAUACAGACAUCUCUUUGUAGCUCAUUUCAUUGCUGUGAAUAAGUUGUAUAAGGUAUAUCAUGCUUACUUAUUUGUUGUGUAGAAUCAGGCUGCAUGAAAGAAAACUGAACUGACCAAAGCAACUAUUUUGGACCUUUACCUUUUGGGGAGGCAAAUUGAGCACCACUGAGGAUGCAAGAAUUUGAUUCUUUCUGAAUGUUUUUAAAUACAACCAUAGGCAAUAUUUGGAAAUGUUUUUAUUGUGAGAUGUGCACAUUGCAGCAGUAUCUCGGGUUGUAUUACUUCAGAUGUAUACACGUUCAAGGCCAUUUGAGCAUAAAUGUACUAAUAAGCACACUGGUUUAUUUACAGUGUAUAUGGCUUUCAUAAAAUUGUUUUGUCAAUACAAAUUAGCUGAAAUUAACCAUUCCCUUUGCAUACUAGUUUCAUAUGACUACACAUGCCAUUAGUUAAAAAUAUUUUAUCUUUUUAAUUACUAAUUUAUUUUUAUGGGAUGCAAUGGACUUACUGAUUUUUGAUAGUAUUUAUAUGUAUACAGUAUAACUUUUCCUUUAAUUACCUAUUAGUACUCAUUAUUUGUCUUUGGCUGAAUAUUCUUGUUUUACUUUUUAAAAUUAUUUUCCAAUCUCCUUAAUCUGUACCUGUAUAUUUGUAUAAAACUUUAAUCUCAUAUGUAUGUGUUCUUGAAGGCAAACUGUAUAUUUGUAUGUUCAGUGUUGUACAAUUAUAACAUAUUAUUGCUGAGAUUGAGUUGGUAGGGUAAAAAGCAUGGAGUAUUGUACUGUAAAUUAAGUUAGGUUUAUACAAUUAUAUCAAAACAGCCAUAUAUAUUUUUGAACUUGUGCACUCCAUUAUUUUGAUAUAAUUGGGAUAAUUUGAAGGUUUAUGUAAUUUCUUGUGUGUACUUAUCAGAAAGUUAAAAAAUUGAAUGCAAGCCAUAUGAAUAUUGUCCAAUUACAAUGGACCAGUAUACAAUAUGAAUGAGUAUUAUUUGAACUAUUUACUGCAUUUUGUGUUUUAUAUGCAUGUGUAAAAGGAAAAAAAGCUGUUUUUGCCGCAAGCCAAGUUUCUAUUUGUCCGUGUAAAAUGCAAAAAAAUACAGCACUCGGUUUGCACAUUUUUAUGUAGUUAUUUUUUUAAAAAUGCCCAUUGACUGUGGUUAAUUGAUUAAAAUUAAACGAAUAAAAACUGUUUUAA